UGGAAUUCCCUCACUGCAUUUUCUCGGCAACGUCUAGGGUCUAAAAAAAAAAGGAAGAGAACAAGCAGAUCAAGGCGCAACGUCUAGGGUCUAAAAAAAAAAAAAAGAAGAGAACAAGCAGAUCAAGGCGAGGGCAAAGCGAGUAUGAACCCUAAUAGUAGUUUAAUUGCAGAAACAGUAUGGAGAGACAUUGAUUCGACUCAUUCAGUAACGGACGACCAGCUCUCAAUCUUGCAUUUUUUGUUUGGUAAGAAUUUCGAGCGGGCGAGUAGGAUAGUGGAUCAACGAGGUGUGAAGAGGAUUUCCGGUGAACCCAGUGGGCGUUCUUUCUUUCAGGUUGUCGGAGAAUCUCGGAGGAAGGAGGAAUAUUUCUGUUUCGCAGAACACUAUUGUGGUUGUUAUUCAUUUUUCUAUGACAUUGUAAAUAGAGGAGAACAGCUUUGUUGUAAGCAUCAAUUAGCUGCAAGACUUGCAGCGUCGCUAGGAGCAUGUGUUGAUGUCAAGGUAUCUGAUAAGCAACUAGCUCUGUUGCUUUCCAAACUCUGACACUUCAAUGGAAGCUACAAUUUGCAUUUAGAGUUGAAGAGGUUAUGAAUAUGGAUGCAAAGAAGCUACCAUAUGGUGCUUUUCUGUCAACUGUUAAUUCAGCUCUAAUCUUGAAUAGUGAAAAUUGCACGCGCUCGCAGUUGUUCUUGGUGUUCAACCAUCUGGCUUUUGCUAAUAUGCCAGAUUCAAGGAAAACUGAAGCCAAAUUUGCAGGAAUUGAUCAGUUUGGCCCAAAUUCUACUCACUAUGAGCAGGAAAAUGAUGCUUUUUGCAAACAAGCUAACAUUCUAUCUCAUGGACAAGUUGGAAUGUGUAAACCAUUUAAUUCAUCCUACUUUCUAUGUAAUUGAGGUUAGUUCCCCCUUCUUUCUUGGCUGAAUUAGAAAUUUCGUCCUCUGGUGAAAUGAUGGAAAUACACAAUGAGAUGCAAUUUGCUAAAUUUAUUGGUUCCGCUUUCCACUUUGGCCCAAUAAA